UCACUCACUGUCCUCUCUCUCUCUCUCUCUCGCGCGCGCGCGCGCGAUCGAAAUUCCCGGCGAACCGACAAGCGCUCUAUCUCUGUGUCAUGGAAGCUCUCGUGUGCCGAGAGAUCGGCGAUCCGACAGUUCCGUUAUCUGAUUCCUCUCCAAUUGUACUGUCUCGUUCUCACCCUGUUCCGGAGCUCAAUUCUCCCACUGCCGUUAGGGUUCGGAUCUAUGCGACGAGUCUUAAUUUCCACAACUACCUCCAGAUACUGGGGAAAUACCAAGAGAAGCCCCCUCUGCCGUUCAUCCCCGGUUCCGAUUACUCGGGCAUCGUGGAGUCCGUAGGAGAGCGCGUCUCCAGGUUUAGGGUUGGGGACAAGGUUUGCUCGAUGGCGAGUCUUGGAUCCUUCGCUGAGUUCAUCGUGGCCGAUGAGAAAGAUUUCACCCUCUUGGACCACUGCAGCACAGGCUCACUGCAGCAUAGGCUCACUGUGCUGAAAGCAACUCUCUUGUCUUCUUUUUUUUUGGGACAAGGAGUAUCGGCCUUCGGCCACUAAUCUCCCUGGUCGACCUAGCAUGCAACCCACACCAAUUUACACGGGCCGACACUUAAGGCUGUCACGAAGCGUCGAGGGGAUUCGAACUUGAUACCUGGCCUUUGGCCAGCCAAGUCUCCACCACCAGGCCACUCCGUGGUGGGUCUCUCUUGUCUUCUUCAGAGUUAAGAUAGUGUCACCAAUCAGAAUGAGACACAUCACCCUAUGCUCAGUACCACAACUUGGUACUGUUCGGUACCGCUUGGUACUCGGGCUCAGUACCGUUGCUGUGGCACAUUCUGAUUGGCCUCCGGACAGCGUUUUGCAUCUGGUCUCCGUACAGAAUAGUUUCUCCUCCAAGAGAAAUAUUUACAAGUUUUUUGAUGAAAUAUUUUGAUAUAUUGAUAAAUCAUAAGGUGGAUAAAUGAGCCAUGUCAUAUAGAUGAGAUUAGUGCCUAACUAAAAUUCUCUUCCAUUGGUGGCAUUUGGGUUAUCUGUUAUUUGUUGGGCAGAGAAUUAGUUUUUUUUUACUGUUUUUAAAUCAGUUUUUUAGUUAAAAA